GCAUUCCAUUGUGUACUUAUAUUUAUUCCGUGCCGCUGAGUAAAAGUGUAAAAAGGAGCAGACACACACUGGAAAAUAGUGUUAUUUUGUUAUCGUUUAAAAUGAUGUUGAUUCGAUGUAAUAUAAUGUGAAAUUAUCUAUUCUUAUUAUUUCUAGUAUUGCGCAAAAGCAACGGGAAAAAAUGCUCACUCGUGUCUAAAGAAAAGAAACUUGCCUCCUGUAGCUCCUGAUGUUUGAAUGAUCCCGGAUUCUUUAGCAUAUCAAUGUGUUUGGCUCGUGACCCUGUGCUUUGAGCUCUUUUUUUUUUAUAGACAACUGGUUGCCAUGGAGACUGCGAGCGAAACUCAGUUUGAUCCCAGAGAGCACCAGCAUAUGAGGUACAACCCUCUACGUGAUUCCUGGGUUCUGGUCUCGGCCCAUCGGAUGAAACGGCCCUGGAAAGGACAGGUGGAGAAGGUGCCGGAGGACAACGUACCUCGUCAUGAUCCCAACAAUCCCCUCUGUCCCAGGAGCAUCAGAGCCAAUGGGGAGGUGAAUCCUGAUUACGACAGCACCUUCCUGUUUGAUAAUGAUUUCCCAGCACUACAGCCAGAUGCUCCAGAUCCUGGUUCAGCUCAUCAUCCUUUGUUCCAGACUAAACCUGCAAGAGGUGUUUGUAAGGUCAUGUGCUUCCAUCCGUGGUCUGACGUCACCCUGCCCUUGAUGCAACCCGGAGAGAUCCGCAAAGUGAUCGACAAGUGGGCGGAGCUGAUUCAGGAGCUAGGCUCCACCUACCCAUGGGUGCAGAUCUUCGAGAAUAAAGGAGCAAUGAUGGGCUGCUCCAACCCUCAUCCUCACUGUCAGGUUUGGGCCAGCAGCUUCCUGCCUAAUGAACCGGCGCUGGCUGAACGCUGUCAGAGGGAAUAUAAACAGCAGCACGGAGAGCCCAUGCUGCUGCAGUACGCUCGUAUGGAGGCCCAGGCCCAGGAGCGUGUGGUGGUGCAGAAUGAGCAUUGGAUUGUUGUGGUGCCGUAUUGGGCAACGUGGCCUUUCCAGACUCUGAUGCUGCCACGGCGACAUGUCCUACGUCUUCCUGAUCUUACAUCCGAGGAGAGAGACAGUCUUGCAUGCGUAAUGAAAACGCUUCUGACAAAAUACGACAACCUCUUUGAGGUCUCCUUUCCCUACUCAAUGGGCUGGCAUGGAGCGCCGACAGGAAGUCAUCUGGAAGAAGACAUGAGCCACUGGCAGCUUCAUGCCCACUACUACCCUCCUCUACUUCGCUCCGCCACUGUCCGCAAGUUCAUGGUGGGAUAUGAAAUGCUGGCUCAGGAGCAGCGGGACCUUACACCCGAACAGGCUGCUGAGAGAUUACGGGUUCUCUCUGAGGAGCACUACAAGACCAAAGCAAAGGGGCAACAGAUUUGAAAAUGGAGGUAAAGUGAGUGCUAAAAUAUGGGAGACGCAUUCUGGAAGAUCUGCUGUCAGAAAAUAAAGAAUUUUCAUACACUUUAGAAUGUGGCAUAAUAGGCUGUGGAAACCAGAGACCUAGAUACUUGCUCAGGUAGAGAUGCUGAUAUAAAAACUUGACAGCAACUCAGAUGGACAUCUUUAUUGCAGCUCCAAGAAAAUGAAUAAUCAAGUUUAAAAAAAUGAAAUGUUUCCAAAGUCUCCAAGAUCCCCUGUGAUCCCCAAGAUCUCCAAGUGCACUGAAUCACCUGAAGGACAUCAGUUGUGUUUUUUUUCCUCAGUAAUGUGUAAUGAUGAGAGUUCAGAAAUUACCAUUCCAUACUAUCUUCUUUGUCCUAAAAAUAUGACUUACAUGAAAUAUGUAUUAAUUGCUCAUCAACUUUAAAAAUGGCCUAUCAAUAAAUAAUUACCAUGAAAUAACUUUUACAGCCGGAAGACGCUACAAUUUGAGACUUUCACAUAGAUAAAAAAAUGUUUAAAGUGCUAUAAACCCUCACAUUCACUACCCCAGGAGUUCCUUUUUUUAAAUGAGCAUGUUCAAAGUUGGUUGCUCUUUUGCCCUUAAAGUUUAAGCAGGAUGUUAUACCCUGGAGCUUUUCUCCAACCUUUGUGUUAGAUCACUGACUUUCAGAAACAAGACAUUUUCCCAAUUAAGCCAAUUAACAGAGGCACGACAGAAGGUCCUGUGCAGAUUCCAUCAGCAGUUUUGAACGUGCUGCAGAAUGUUCUGGCCGAGCCUCACUCUGUCCCAGCCAUCUGCUCCAGUGCCGGGUGAUAUUUGAGAUGCCAGGCUGAUGACACGCAAACUGAGAAGCUCUUCAGCAUAUUGUAGCUAUUAGGAGUUCCAGGUCCUGACUAUACUUUAUGUAGUUACCUGUUUGUAUGGAUCUAGCCCAGAAUCUUACCCACCAGUUCCACGAUUUCCAUUUUCCACAUUGCUGGAGCUGGAGCUGGGACCAGUAACCCUAACCCAAGUCAAGUCAAGACAUUUUAUUGUCAUUUCAAGCAUAUACAGCUGAUAUAGUAAACAGUCAAAUAAAACAACAUUUCUGCAGGACCCUGGUGCUACAUAAAAUAUUGAUCUACAGCAGACAACACAGAAAUAAGUACACUAUGUAGACUCACACCCCAUCCAUCCAUCCAUCCAUCCAUCCAUUCUCUGCACCUCUUAACCUACUGGGUCACAGGGAAUCCGGAGCCUAUCCCAGGAUACUCAGCGCACCACCCUGGACGGGAUACCAGUUUAUCACAGGGCACAAUUGCAUAUACAUUCACACGCUUAUUCACACACUACAGACAAUAUAGUGAUGCCAGCUAUGCAUGUCUUUGCACUAGGGGAGGAAACCAGAGUACCCCCGAGGCACUGCGAGAACAUGCAAACUCCACACACAUUGCGGAGCUGUAGAGCUACACAGUACUACAUAAAGACCGUGCAGCGCUGAUGAGUACACCGUUUAAUAAUGAAUAAUCUGCAGUAGUAAAAUGCUGGAGAUACAAAGCAAUAUCAAUCUUCAUCAAUUCUGUCUACUCUAUUGCCAGAACGUCAUGCCCUAAACUUUUUAAACUAUUAGUACUGAAUUUAUUACUGAAAACUGUGACUCAAAAUACACUUAGAUACAUUUAGAUUCCAUCAUCAUGGACCACAUGAUGCAUAAUGCAUGACCGAUUAGCGUUAUUGCCUUUAUCAAAUGAGUGUUAUCAAAUACUCAAAGUUUCAAUGCUAUCUGUGAGAACUGUGCUUCUAUUCACUUUGUUGCAGUUGCCAGUAAAACAGCAACCAUAAAUAACUUAAAAUGAUUACAGGUCUAUGUCCCCGAUAUCAAUUAUUUAGGCUCAGGAAACAUCAGCAGCACCGUAUCUGUAAAGAAGAGCUAUUUGUGUCAAGAUGUGUUGCCAGAACAUGCCAUUACUGAAGUAUAUAUCUUGUGUUUUUGCUGUGCAGGUCUGGAGGAAAAAUGAAUUUUAAAGAUCAUGUCAAAGUAGUAGAGUAACUGCGAUUUGAACAGCUCUGAGUCACAGAAGUCAGAUCAUUUACUUCCUUUAGAAUGAUCUAUCUUAAAAACACUGACUAAUGAUUUGUAUUCAAGCGAAAUGUCAAUAAUAUACUAUCUCUGUCAUUUCAUUUAAUAUAAAGAAGCUUCCGUACAUUUUGUGUCCUUUCUUUCUUUUCUUUUU